AUGACGACUAAAACUGUCAUCGCUGGUGCGCUCGAAGACCUGAGUCAGGAUGACCUCGCCAAAUUCCGUCUGUGGCUGCGGGAGAGGAAGAGCGACGGACCGCGCGUCAGACGAGCCCAGGUGGACGGGAAGAACCCCCUGCAGUUGGCAGACCUCCUGGUGGAGACGUUCUGUGAGAACAGGGCCGUGCAGGUGACGGUGGAGCUGCUCCGGGCCAUCGGCUGUACCAGGGUAGCAGAGGAACUGGCUGAAGAGGCAAACAAACUGCUGCAACCUGCACAGACGAGGCAAAACCCUCCAGCUCCGGCCCCUGGAGCGUCUGCUGCACCUGCCAGAGAUGAACACUUUGUGGACAGACAUCGCAUUCAGCUGACCGAGCGAGUGAGCAACAUCAACCCUGUUCUGGACCUGCUCCUACAAGAGAGAGUCCUGACCCCUGAGCAGUACACCGAGAUCAGAAGCAUCAGAACCAGACAGGAGCAGAUGAGGUUUUUGUACCAAGGACCUCUGACAUCUGGAGGAGAACGCAGCAAAGACGUGUUCCUGUCUGCACUCAGGGCGCAUGAAAUAUAUCUGAUCAAGGAUCUGGAGGAGAGAGAGGGCUAGACCUGCUCCUGUCAGCACCUGUCAGCUCCUGUCUGCUCUGGAAGAUGCAAGAGAGAGUAUAUAUAUCAAAAUAAUAUUACUCAAGCAGAAGUACAAUGUAGUGGUUCAAGAAAUUACAUUUGGGAAAACCACUAUUCAAAUAAGAAUCCACUUUAUUUUUAUAGCAUAUUUUAUAAACAGUUUCCAAAGUGCUGCACAGACAAAUGAAUAAAAUAAAAGACAGUCAAUCAGGAAUAAAAACAAUAUAUAAAAAGUGUUAAAAUACAUAAAGCUAAAACCAAAGAAUAACUUAAAGAGUAACAUGAGAUUUAUGAUUAAAAGUUUAUGUAAUUUGAAGAACAAAAUAUUCAGUCAACUGAACUUUUGACUGGACCAGUGCCUCAAUUUCUAGUUUAACAUUUUUAGAAACAUGUUUUUAAUGUCUUAUUGUUCAGGUGCUUUGUUUAAGAGACCAAAAUAUUGUAUGAAAUUGUAUGGAAUUUAUUUUUAAAUCUGAAUCAUGAAUGACUUUCUACAAUGGAUUUGUACUUUUUAAACUUUUUUAAACAUGUAUUUUGUAAACUAAGACCAGCGGCUGGGAUUGGACAAAUUGACAAAUGAAAUAUGCAAUAAAUUUUUUGUAAUUUCAAAUCUGAA